AGGUAAGCUAAAUCCACCACGCGCAAGUGUCACUGACUUUCUUGUUUACUGAGGUGAAAAUGGUUCCUCCUGUCCAGGUAUCUGCUCUUAUCAAGACUGCAAGGUGGUCUGCCUUGCUGGUCGGAAUUGUAUACGGUAAACAGCGAUAUGAUUACCUGAAGCCCAUCGCUGCAGAGGAGAAGAGGGUGGAAGAGGCCGAAAAGAAGUACAGAGAGGAGCAAGAACGCAUUUACAAACAGCUUGCUGAAGCCAAUGAGGACACCAUUCUGAAAUGAGUCAUCGUUGCACUACACCUUUUUUAAGUUAAUAAACAUCCCAAAAUAUUGCA